AGCGAGAGGCGGUCCGGGAGCGUGCGGGGCUCUGGCCUCAGCUGGGAAGGUGCCGUUAGCAGCAUGUACCUGCACUGGCCUCGAGGAUUUUCCGAUGUGCCCUGAUGCCGCAAGCCCUUGUUGCUCUCAUCCAGCGUGGCUGAACUCAACAGUGACGAGACAAUGGAUCUGCCUGCUGAGGACUUCCAACAAGUCCUCUCCAUUGACCAGAUCUGCUCCAUCCGUGCCAGUAAUGACUAUGUGGAGAGGCCCGCCAUCUCCUUCAAGCAAGCUCGGUCCAACCCAUCCCUCUCACAGCAGGCCCACAAGCAAGAGUGGUCUCAGGACUGCCUGGUGUCUUCCACCUUCCAGGACCUGCGCCACAGCCACAGCCACCACCACCAGAUGUCGGCCUUGCAGCAGCACCUGAGUCAUUCCAGCACUGCCAGCUCUGUGUCUCACAGCACCACCACCUCGGACCAGCGGCUGCUGAGCGGGGUCACGCCCUCAGAUUCUGGUCACUCCCUCAUCCGGACGCAGCCCAGAGCGGGCGACCUGAAGCCCGAGGAACCACUGAAAGGUUUGGUGGAGAAGGCCACUCUCCACUCUGGACACCUCUUCAUCUGUGAGGAGUGUGGGCGUUGUAAGUGCGCCCGCUGCACAGCCACUCGCAGCUUGCCCUCCUGCUGGGUCUGCAACCAGCGCUGCCUCUGCUCCCCAGAGAGUCUCAUCGACUAUGGGACUUGCCUGUGCUGUGUCAAGGGUCUCUUCUACCACUGCUCCACUGACGAUGAGGACACCUGUGCCGAUGACCCCUGCUCCUGCGGCUCGGGGUCCUGCUGCGCCCGCUGGGCUGCAAUGAGCUUCCUCUCUCUCCUCAUGCCCUGCCUCUGCUGCUACUUCCCUACGCUGGGGUGCCUCAAACUUUGCCAGCAGGGCUACAACAGUCUGAAACGUCCUGGCUGCCGCUGCCAGAACCACACCAACACAGUCUGCAGGAAGAUCUCCUCCUCCAGUGGCACGCCUUUCCCUAAGACUCUGGAUAAGCCAGUAUGACCUUCCCAGGGAGCGGAAUUGGCUAUUCUUCUCCUUCACUCCCUCCGCUGCAUACCCCCUUUGGGCACAAAGCAAACAGAUGAACAAUCCGCCAGCCACCAAGCCCCACAAAGGGAGUGUGAAGCAUGUUCUUGAGACAAAGGAAUUGUGCUUCUGUGGCCAAGCCAAACGUGACGGGGUUUGCACAUUUUGGCAAAGGACUAGGACAGAGGGAAUCAGAUGCUGACAAUGCACUAGUGAUCAACGGGGGGCUUUCAACAUGGGAACUGGCUCAGGACUCUGUGACCUCAGAAUGCCUUAGGAGCUGUUUUUCUGUAAUGGGUUUCAAAAGGGUGACGUGUCCAAGCACUAGAAUCCUCCGGGGACCAGACCACAGAACCCACAUCUCUUUCAUCCAUUUUCUCUCUGCAGCUUUCCUAAGUGGCACCUCCUACAGGCUUUUCCUCAGUUUUCUUUGCUGUUGUGCUAUAGGCCAGUCCCUGCAAAGGGAGAUGAGCCACUGCACUGUACCAACCAAUGGCAACACCUUACUCCCCUCCCCUUAGCAGAUCAAGAGAUAAAGCUCUCGAUAAUUUCAAGGUAAAAAGGAAAAUAAGUGAGCCCAAAUAUCCAGUUUUUAGGGGCUCACUGGUCAGUGGAAAUAGGACAUGGAUAGAUUAAGGAUCAUGCUGGCAUGGAAAGGGUGAUGUGGACAGAAAGGAGUCCCACUCCCACUUUCGUACAUCAGUGGGUCUUCAGCAAGGGGAAUUCACUGUAGUAAUUGGUAUUUCAAAGUAGAUUUGGCUAAGAGUAUGAAGCAGGUUAAAUCCCAGGCUGCGGGGUGGGGGACUGGAUACCCUGAGGGAGUGGUAAAGGUCUGCUUGCAGAGACUUACAACUUGUAAGGUGUCACUGUGACUCUAGCCCAGGUUGGUCGUGACUGACUGGUGACACCAUCUGUUUAGUGGUGAGUUGGUGGUUUCAGUCCAUCCAUUGGUGGUAAGCCUCUACCACAAGUGAUACUCCUGUUGGCAGGCUCAGUAUAGAGGCCAAGAACUGGGUGGGCCAUGGAACCUGGCCUUCCUUCUUACCUCUGGAUGUCAGAGAGAGGUAUAUGAGUAGGGCAAUGUGUAGGAAGCUUGCCCUUCUGCCCUGACCAGUAGAUCAACAGCGUCCUUCAGUCUCUGGGGCUGCCAAUCUGGUACCUUUCACCAGCACUGAAUUCACUUUAAUAAAAGAAAAGGAAAGAUGAACCUUAAAAACAAUUAAGAACCCCAAAUUCUCUCCUUGUGCUGAUGCUAUAAAAAUGAUCACUUCCUUGCCUGGGCCUGAAAAUGGUGCUUAGCUGAGGCUCCAGCUUUGGGCUGGUGGGGAAAGGGAGAUCUGUGUGUUAGAAAGCAGAACGGGAUGGGUAAUGCAUGAAGCCAGCCUUCCCUCCCCAACUAAAGCGCCUCAGCAUCCUCACUCAUCUCCACAUGUUAGACAGAAAGCUACACAAAAGUGGAUUGGCUGCACAGCUAUGCAUCCUAUAGGCAAGUCUGAUGUUGACACAGGUGUUCUGAGACAGGAGACACCUUCUGCAAACUAGAGAUGGGUCUGAACCAAAUCUUCAGACUAUGGGGAGGUUUGGAUCUGGGUGAUGGUUCAUGGUCAAUACCUAUAAUAAACCAAACCAAACCCCUGUAUCUGAACGUUCCUGGUCCUUGAGGAAGUUCAGAUCCAGAUUGUAAUCUGAAAUUUCUGGCUCACCCAUCUCUGCUGUAAAAACAUGGUGCCAAACUCUCAGUUACAACCCCAAUGACUUCAGAAACUUGGCCUGUGGAAUGAAAGCCAGGUUGACCCUUCAGUGCUGUAUCCCACCAUCACAUCCGUCCUCGGAGGCACGUGUGUGUGGGUGUCUGAAGAGAAGAAGGCAUAAUAACCUUCCUGUUCCAUUGGAGUAAAGGUUCAGGAGGGCUACAGGAGGUGCGAGAGCUGGAGAAAUACAUGCAACGAAUCCCUCAACAGUCCCAAAACUUCCUCCAAGGCACUCCAACGUUUAGGGCACAGACGUUGCACACACCUAUCCACUGACGACUCCUCUUCAUUUAGAAUUACUUUGAUAUAUUUUUGUUUAUAUAAGUAUAAUGUUACGAUGGCUAGGACUAUUAUAAUAAUAUUCGUGAUAUUGCUGUGAAUGGUGCCAUAUGCAAGGUUUGGCUUCCUGGUACAUUUACAAACUCCAAAGGAAUAUCUCCACUCUGUUAUGCUAAUCCUAGAUCUUGGUUUAUAGGUAAUCUGGGGUAUUUUAUAGGCUCUCCUAACAGGACUCUGUACUGAGUGGGCUGGUGAAUGGGAAGGGUAGGUAUAGAAGACAGGAGAAGUCAGGAGUUCUAUCCCUAGAUGAAAAUUUGCUCAUUGGUGAGGGUCUUCCCUUUCAGCCAAGUCCAGAACCAUAUUGUGGGAGUUUGCUUGUCCCAUUGGAAGCUGGGAAAUGAAUUUAUACAAGCUGUGGCAUUCAUAUGACACACACACACACACACACACUGUAACUCACUUAUAGUGAAAUUCAACUUACAGCGAAGUAAGAUGUGCAAUUCCAAGGAUAGCAGAGUGAUCUGUGAAAAACACCAGGUCUUCCCUGUGAGAGUUCCACUAGAGGUGUGUGGAUCUGUGUGUGUAUAGAUGAUCAGUCCACAUCUCUGUUCCAUAAAUUAUAUAAUGGAUUGCAAACAUAUUUAUAUAUAUAUAUGGUAAUAAUUGGUCAGAUUUAUAAUUCCAAUUUCUGCUGUCAGAUAAAGAGUAAGGUACACAGAGACAUGUAUAUUGGAGGGACUUCCAUAACGAGACACACCUUACAUCUUUACUAGCACCAUUCACUUGUCACCAGAGUUAGUCAAACAUUUUCUGUCAUAAGAAUUUUUUUUAAUGGAAAAUGACUUCUUCCACAAAAUGAAAAUUUUAAUGUAAAAAGCCCCUUUUCAUGGAAAAAUAUUAUUUUUUGUUAUUUUAAUAAGAACACAAAAUAUUUAGAAAAGGUUUAUUUGAUGAAAAAUCAGUGUAACUUUUCAUUGGGGUUAAAAAACAAAUAUCCCUCCCUCACCUCCCUGAUCAGCUUUGCUUUUCAUGGUUUCCUUUAAAGGGAUGGGCAUGUCCAUUCAGUCAAUGCCUUUCUUCCUUCACGAUCCAUAUUUUCCUCUCACUUGCUCAUGGAAUUACUUGAUAAUGGGUGUGACUUCUUGAAUGUUUCCACGGAGAGGAAUCAUGAUGUCAUGAAAACACAAUGGUGAACUCGUCAGAGUGCUGGAGAAGUUGCCUGGUGAGAGGAAGGGCCUGAUCUUCCAGUCCCUGUGCAGGCAACAUGCCUAUGGAGUAUGAGUCUAUGGGCAUUAUGCUUCUGUUAUUCCACCACAGAUACCUCCAAUAAUUGUCAGAAGAUUAGUGGCAGGUCAUGGUGAUUUCUGUUUACAUGUUCUUUCUUCUGUGCCAGUGUGAAAGUUCCCGCUCUAAAGAGCACAUUGUGCCAUAUCAUGGGUGUUAUGGAUCAGGAAAUCUGGCUUAUUUUGUAAUAUUUUAGAAAUAUUUUGUAAUUUGUCAAUUUUUUAGCAAUACAUUCUGUAAAAUAUGGAACACUUGAGUGGAAACCAGAGAUUGGACUGAGUCACAAAACAUCAGAUCCAAGGCUGUUCGGUACCAGGGCCUUGGUUGGGCCAUUCUUGGUGUCAGUUGUGAAAUUCAGAACCAGGUUCAGGAUCUGAGUUGUACCCCUUCAAAGUUCAGAUUUGUUUGGAUCCAGGGGCUUAGUUGGGACUCACCUCAUCUCUAUUGAAAACUAUCAAUUUCCUCUUCCAGGGGAGGGGCAGCAGGAGAAUCUACUUAUUAGACAAGGACAGAAAACACAAGGCCAGGAUUUACCAAAAUCUGUCUGAAGGUGAACAACAUGGGCUAAUUGGUUAAUUAAUAACAAGUAGCCCAUCUUCAAACUGGGUCUCCCUGUGAGUUUCUCAAGAUCUCCAGCUUGGUAGAGCUUUUUUCAUUUCUGUCAAAACAUGCAGUUUACCAUCAGAUAUGGAUCUAGUGCCUGCUGGGACCACCACAAAGUGGGAGGGAUGGGAUCGGCUCUAAAUGUGUGCAGCAGGUUGCUCUAGUGUUUUAUGUUUGAUUUACCUCGGUGUCCAAAUGUAAGUUACAGUUGUCCUGUGACAGAGAGUAAGAGCUUUGAUUGGGAUUCCCAGAGUUUGAUUAUUAGACAGCUCCAUAUGUGGAAAGCUAUGCUCAGUGCAUGUGGUGUUCUGCAUCUGAUCUCAUUCAGAAAAUAAAAGCUGGUUGGGGUAGGUUUUCCAGCUGAAAUUAGAAUAGGCAAAGUGCAUUACAGCGUACUUAGAUGCGGGAAAAGGGACUUAUGUCAAAGGACCCUGUAGGGCUCCAAGCUGCUGAAAGAGGGAGAUGCAGGGGUCUGAGCUGCCUCCCUGUCUGGUCCCACUGUUGGAGCAGAGAAAGGAAAGGAAUCUGCUAUGGCUUCUUGCCGCCCCAUCUCGUUCCACUGCUAGAAAGAGACAGAGCUGGUCUGUGAGUUGCAGAACUUGCAUGAGACAAAAGGGCCUCAAAAGAGCCAGGCCUUUAAUAGCCUCUUGCUUUGCUUUUGCCCCUCUUUAUAUGAGCUCCAAACACCACUUGGAAGUUUGCAUCUUGCAGCUCUCCUCUCUUUUUCACAGGAAGGCGAGGUGCUGCUCACCUCCCACACUCCUGCACUGGCCAGAAGGGGGCACUGCAGAGUGAUGUGAAGUGCCCCCUCCUGCCACAGCACUAUGAGGGCAGGCUAAGAGACAAAGAACCACAUCCUUGUCCGCACCAAGCCCAGCACCUGAAACACCUUUAGUCUCAUUCCAGAAGCAUGACCCCUUUGAACAGAGUAUCUCCAAGGGGCUUCUAGCUGAUGGCUAGUCUCAGAUUCACUCACUCCCCACCCUUUGCCUUAAGCCCACUGGCCUGACCUCUUUCUAUCCCCACUUGUGGCCAAAAGCACAAAAGAGCAGUUUCAGAACAACUGCAUUAGUGCAAUAAACCCCACUGAAUUUGCAUGGCUAGACUGGCCUGAAGAUAAGCAGAUGGUACAUUUAUAAUUUUCCCUACUCUUCAGCACACACUUUGUUACUGAUCUCUCUAGCUGCCUCUUGCAACUGUUGCAUUUCCAGUCUGAUGGAGCCUGCAGAAGCCAGGGGAGCUCCACACCUGGGAAAAGGGAGAGUGGACUUGCUCAAUACCCUAUUCCAGGUGGUCAAGCAAAUCUAGUUCAGGAUCUUCUGCAUGAAGUAUCCACAGUCUAUUUCUGCUGGGUGCUCACAUGCAGUUGAAAUACAGUACUCAGCCUCCAUUCCAGGUGGGCAAAGCAAUACUAUUUAGCAUCCACCGCAUUAUUCUAAUCUGCUUAGGGGUCCUUCUUAGUUUGAGACACUAGACACUAGUGCAGAGCUCAUUAGCAAAUGCUUUCUGUCACUGACAGCCUGUGAUCAAACCCAGCCUGCAUUUCUGGGCCCACCUGAAAUUGAUUCUUUGUUCCACCUCUUACAAGCUACUUCAGAAGAUGCUCAAAGGGCACAUCUAGAAAGACGAUGAUAGGGAACGGUGCCAAAGAUCUUUCAUUUUUGUGUGGAAUGCGGUCAGGAAAGACUUUGGAUAGAUGGGAGCCAAGUCGAACUAAGUCUCUUUCAAUCAGUCCCUUGCAGGAAACCUUUCACAAUGCAGACCACUGAAUGUAUCAGUGCUGACCAAAAGGGAAUCAAGUUUUGCAUGUAAUGCAACUGGGUUUGGAGAAAGAAGGCCAGGCCCCACUGCUACUGAAGUCAGCAGCGAGACAUGCGCCAACUUCAAUGGGAGUAGGAUGGAACCUGUCAACAGGAAACUCAGGGAUUUGUGGUGAAUGCAGCUUAUGUUGCUCGCCUAGCAUCAGGGCAUAGUUCUUAUGCGCACUGAAGACCUAGGCUGUGCUAACCCCGACCUCAAUAGAGAUGAGCAUUGUUAUUUGUGGAUGCGGCCCAUUCAGUUCCCCCACACUGCUGCUCCAAUCCCCUUUCUCGUCUCUCUCCAACUCCCAGCCUUUGUUCGAAGGCUCCUUCACACAUUCUGCUGCCUCCUUAUACCCCAGCUGUCUGUAGCAUAAACUCCUUCGAAGACUCAUUCCCUCUUGACUUCAAAGGAAAGCCCAGUACCAAGGACUGAAGCAUCUAACUCUCUGUUUAUCUGGUACAAAAGGUAUCCUGUACAGUGUAUAAUGAGAGCCCCUCCCGCAAUUGUCAUGUUGAGAUUCUUUUGCCUUUCUAGACAGUAUAAUACCUGGCCAUAACCCUGUUUUUUGACAAUACUCUUGUACCAGUUAUGAAAAAAUAAAGUAUUUAUUUGAAAAGUUUAUUUUAAAGAUAAAAAAAACUACCUAUUUAUUUUAAAGCACCCUCUUCUGUUUGGUUUUCUUCUCUUGCAAGCUAAUAACUGUUACUGAACCACUGCUGAAAUAAAAGAAGUAAUUCUAUGUUUGGCUUUCCAGGCCACUGAAAGCAACUAUUCAAUAAAAUAUAUAUAUUAAUU